AUGCCCAAUGCCGAGAUCGGAAAUAGUUUUGAUCAUUCCACAACAACACGUCGAAAUUUUUUAAUUCGAAUCGCUUCAUUGUCCAACAAGAUUCAUUUAAAAUCCAAAUCCACGAUAAAUAUGGCCGAAGGCUUCUCGAACAGUGAAUCGACUCCGCUGAUAGCUUAUCGCGCCACCGAAGAGAUUUCAUUCAAGUUUGGUGCAACCGUGGGUGGACUAUUAAACGCUACUUUCGGGAACGCGGUUGAAUUUAUCAUUUCCGUUGUCGCGCUAAAGAACGGAAUGAUCCGUGUGGUUCAAGCAUCCAUAUUAGGUUCCGUGUUAUCAAACCUGCUAUUGGUCCAAGGAUUUUGCUUUUUCUUUGGCGGUCUGAGACACCUCGAACAAUCGUUCAAUGUGACUGCGGCACAAACUUCGUCAUCCCUUUUGGCAUUGGCAGUUCUCUCUCUUUUAAUUCCUGCCGCUUUCACCGCGUCCACGGAUGACGAUUAUGUCAUCAAGCAAGGUUUAUUGAAUUUAAGCCAUGGCACGGCCCUACAGUUCGUUCAACCGUUCGACUCUUUGACACGUGAAACAGGUAUAUCACUGGGUUCAAGUAUGCAGAUAGCGUUGGGAAUGUCACCGUUACUGGUGGUGUUGGGGUUUUUAAAUUCCUUUCAAGGUCCGUACAUGCCAGUACGACCGCGUAAUGCGACACGACAAGCUCGUACACAAAGAGCCUCACGGAAUGCACUGAGAAAUAGCAAGAUCGAUAAACCACAUGAUAAAGCCUUGGAGGAAUUAAGAAGAUACGAGGAUUUUACCACAAUUGAUUGGGUUCAGGAUGCCAUUUACGAACGAUCACGAUUGAACGCGUUACGAAGUGCUGCCAUAGAAAAUCGUUCAUCUUGGGCCACUUGGUUUCAACUUUCUUAUGAGGCGGGUCAAGCAUGGAUCGUAGUUUCGAUAGUUGGCAUCAUCAUCGGUCUUAAUGCGGCAUUGAUUGAUAUAACGACAGAAUGGCUCUCUGACAUAAAGUUCGGUUACUGCAAGAAUUCUUGGUGGUUAAACCAAAAAUUUUGCUGCUGGGAAGUUGAGGAGCAAG